CGCCGCCCGAGAACUACGAGGAAGGGCCCCGGUAGGUGGAGCAGCCGGGGAGGGGCCGUGGGCUUGUCUCGGGUGACCCGCAACUGAGGUGACCCUUAGUUCUCUGCGAGCGUGGGCUGCGGAGCUCCGGAGAAACGAAGACAUUUCUGGAAGUCGUCUCGUCUUCGCUGAACGCUCUGGGCUUGUUCCAGAAGAGGAAAAAAAAAAAAGGAAGUGACGUCUCGGCCCGAAGCAGGCCGGGCUUGAGGACCUCGACCGAUCCGCGGCUGGCCCUGGCCCGGCGGAGCCGCCCCCGCGGUCUGGGGUGGGUCGUGCCACCUGCCGGACGGUCCCCGGUCCCGGGAUCCGCUCGCCGCUCGAGACAAUUUCAAGAGUCAGGAAGAACGGGGAGCCCCUGCGAUUAGCUUCCCCUGGGUGGGUGCCCACUGCCCGCAUUUAGACUCUCUAACCUUCCCUGAGCUCUGGCAGAUACUUUAAUAACCCAAUACCAAGAAUACACUGGAAAACACCCUUGAAAAAUCAAGAGGAAGCCAUGAAGAAAUGUUUUAAUUAUUAAAACCAUGGCUACGUCGGCAAAUCUGGACAUUGGGGCCCAGCUGAUCGUGGAAGAGUGUCCCAGCAGCUAUAGUCUCCCUGGCAUGCCAGACAUCAAAAUCGAGCACCAGCUGGACCCCAAUGCAGAAGAAGCGUCAGCUCAGGGUGUUGGCAUGGGAAUGAAGUUCAUAUUGCCAAACCGAUUUGAUAUGAACGUAUGUUCUCGAUUUGUGAAGUCCUUAAAUGAAGAGGAUAGUAAAAAUAUUCAAGAUCAAGUUAACUCUGACCUGGAGGUGGCGUCUGUCUUAUUUAAAGCUGAGUGCAAUAUCCAUACAUCUCCUUCUCCUGGAAUUCAAGUAAGGCAUGUCUACACCCCCUCUACAACAAAACAUUUCUCACCCAUAAAACAGUCAACUACCCUCACCAACAAGCACAGGGGAAAUGAAGUCUCUACCACACCUCUGUUAGCAAAUUCCUUGUCUGUUCACCAGUUGGCAGCUCAGGGAGAAAUGCUCUACCUGGCUACUCGUAUUGAACAAGAAAAUGUUAUCAAUCACACGGAUGAAGAAGGAUUCACUCCCCUGAUGUGGGCUGCGGCACACGGGCAAAUAGCUGUGGUAGAGUUCCUGCUUCAGAAUGGUGCAGAUCCCCAGCUUUUAGGAAAAGGUCGAGAAAGUGCCCUGUCAUUGGCCUGUAGUAAAGGCUACACGGAUAUUGUCAAAAUGCUGCUUGACUGUGGAGUUGAUGUAAACGAGUAUGACUGGAACGGAGGAACACCUUUGCUUUAUGCUGUCCAUGGGAAUCACGUGAAGUGUGUAAAGAUGCUGUUAGAAAAUGGAGCCGACCCAACAAUUGAAACAGACUCUGGAUACAACUCUAUGGAUUUAGCUGUAGCUUUGGGCUACAGAAGUGUUCAGCAGGUCAUUGAGUCCCAUCUGCUGAAGCUACUUCAGAACAUCAAGGAGUGACGCAGCGCUCAGACAAUGCCGUCUGCCCUUCUCUUCUCUCCUCGGUCCUUAUAAAUGAUAGUUUUGUUUACAUGUAAAUUGUUACCUCGGUUGCAAUAUUUGCUGGUUUUUAGUGAAUUUUAAUAAUUAUUCCUCUGGAUAAUUCACUGGUUUAUAAUGAAAUUAAUCCUGAUUUUUUUUAAAUAAAUGUGUUUUACUAUAAUAUUUAAAGUUAUAAAUUAAUGUUUUAUGGCAUGGAAACUUUUAUGGUACAGGUGGUUAUGUGUCUUUGUAUCAAGUGCCACAGUUUGACACUUUGAGAAAUAAAUUCUACCUUGUUUAUCUUCA